GAAUAAAUAGUCUAUAUACAAAUACCAUAGUAAAUAUUUUGCACUAGUGUUAGAGCUAAUAAGUUAUGAAUUCUUUCUAUUCUUUCUUAUACCUUAUGUGUAUAUAUAUACAGAUAUAUAUAUAUAUAAAUAUUUAGCAUAUUAUUGCUAAUUACAACAAUUACUUAAUUUUCAUUAAAGUUUAAUUAAUAAUUUUUCUGGCAUGGCUUAGAAUUCGUCAAAUAUUACAAAAGCAUAAAUAUCUACAUAUAUUGCAACCCUGUAAUUGACUAUUUACAUUCAGGACGUAAACAAUCAAAUUGCAUUUGGACCAGGUGGAAAUGUUCGAAUUUGUAAAACAUCUUUUUAAACCACAAUUUCUACUAAUAGUGAUCGCUAUUUUUACCGGUGUGUAUUACAAUGAAAUUAUUAAUUGGAUUGUGUACAAAUAUGCAGAUCCGGCAAGUGAAAGUAUAGCUAUUAAACUCCAAAAUCCCGAAGAGGCAGCGUUAAGUGAAGGGCUUUUCACGCGUGAUGAUUUGGCACAAUUCAAUGGUGAAAAUGACGCACCAUUAUAUUUGGCCAUAAUUGGUACGGUAUUCGAUGUAACGAAAGGGAUAAAGCAUUAUGGGCCAGGAUGCGCCUAUAAUUUUUUCGUAGGUCGUGAUGCUUCUGUCUCAUUCAUAAAUGGUCAAUUCGAAAAGUUUGACGAAGAAAAGGCCGAUGAUGUCGUCUCGUUAAGACCCAGUGACCUAAUAAGUCUAGAAAAUUGGCAACAAUUUUACAGGAAAGAAUAUGUAUACAAAGGUAAACUUAUAGGACGCUUUUAUGACGAAAAGGGUGAAGCUACCGUCUACAAUCACAAAUACAUGAUGCUUUUGGAACAAGCGAAAGCUGCCAAAGCGCAAGCCGAACAAUUACGCGAAGUGUAUCCAGAUUGCAAUAUUGAAUGGUCAGUAGAGCGGGGAUCACAUGUCUGGUGCACCACAACCAGUGGUGCCAAACAACGUGAAUGGGUGGGUUAUCCACGAAAGUUGUUCGAAAUUGGUGCCAACAACUUCCGCUGCGCUUGUGUGCAAGAAAAAGAUUUGGACACAACUGAGGUGAUGCUGAAGGAGUAUGAUAAUUGCGCGCCACAUUCUCAUGAGUGUUACUAUAAGGUGGAUUAGCAAAAUUAAACGUGCAUGUGUGUGUGUGUGUAUGUGUUUCUAGAACUGUUUUAAAAUAUUAUACAAAGUUAUUUAUAACGAAACACUUUUUUAUAAAUUUUUGUGGAAAAUCAACAUUUUUAUAAAUUUUAGUAAAAAAAACAAAACGUAUUUAACCUGUUACACUUUAUACUAAAGCAUUUUAAGUACUUAAUCAUUUUACAAAAAAAAAGUAUUUGCUCUUAACAUAACCAACAAUAAGAGAGGCCUUAGUGUUCAAUUUUUGUACAAAAUAAUAAAUAAAAGCAUAUUUACCCGAAA